AUGGUAAUUUUACUAACACUGGCAAUGAUAACCAGCAAAAAUAAUGUACUUUGCGAACCCGGUCAUUAUCAUAGUCUCUUAUCAAAGAAAUGCGAACACUGCCCUCGAGGUUACUAUCAACAUCGAUCCGGUAGACCACGAUGUCACAAAUGUCCUCACGGAUAUACGACACUAAAUACCGGAUCUCUUCAUAUUACCGAAUGUGUUGUAGAAUGUUCUGCUGGUCAUUUUCUAAAUGAAAUAACCGGUAAAUGUGAACCAUGUGGUUAUUUGGCUUAUCAACCAAAUCCAGGCUCAAGAAAUUGUUUACCCUGUCCACAUAAUACUGUUACUCUUAGCAUCAAUUCAACUUUAAUUGAUCAAUGUAUUGGAAAUUGUCCAGCCGGAGAGGAACAUUCAUCUGAUGGUAGCUGUGUACCGUGUCAGCGUGGAUUUUUUAAGGAACCGAACGAUGUUUUAUGUCGACCCUGUGAUCCGGCAUAUAUUACAGAAUCAGUUGGAUCAGUAAGCGAGAAAUCUUGCAUAUUACCAAACUGUCAACAAGGAUAUUACUUAAAUUGGCAUUAUAAGCAAUGUAUGAAUUGUAGCUAUGGUUAUUAUCAGGAUGAAAUUGGUUCUAAUUCCUGUAAACGAUGUCCAUCCGGUACCACAACAAGGAUUCUUGGUGCUACAUCCAUAGAAACUUGUGUUUCAACGAAUCAAUGUGCAAGUGGUGAACACAGUUGUCAUUGGUUGGCGGCAUGUAUCGAUUUACCUGAUAAAGAAAACAGACCAACAUAUAGCUGUCGAUGUCAACCAGGUUUUGUCGGAAAUGGUUUUACCUGUACCGAUAUUUGCUUAGAUUUAUGCUACAAUAACGCGGAAUGUAUAAAAACAUCACGUGGUGAACCGCGAUGUAUUUGUAAGCCUGGUUAUCGAGGAUUACGUUGUGAAAUUAAAAAAUAA